GUCUGCCUGGUCUUCAUGAUCGGAGAGAUCCUGGGUGGUUACUUUGCGGGGAGUCUGGCGGUGAUGACUGACGCCGCCCACCUGCUGGUCGACUUCGCCAGCUUCAUCAUCAGCCUGGUGUCUCUGUGGCUCUCGUCCAGACCCGCCACGCGCACACUCAGCUACGGCUGGCAUCGUGCAGAGAUCUUGGGUGCUCUCCUCUCGGUGGUGACCAUCUGGCUGGUGACAGGUGUGCUGGUUUACCUGGCUGUGCAGCGCCUCAUCAGCGAUAAUUAUGAGAUCGAGGGGACCAUAAUGCUCAUUACUUCAGGCUGCGCUGUGCUGGCAAACAUCAUUAUGGCUUUCACCCUGCACCAGUCUGGGCAUGGGCACAGCCACGGGGGCCUCAGCAGUGGGCACGGCCACAGCCACAGCACUAACGUCAAGAGCAACCAUGGGCACAGCCACGCGGCGGGCACUCAGGCCAACGCCAGCGUGCGCGCCGCCUUCGUGCAUGUCGUGGGAGACCUGCUCCAGAGCAUCAGCGUGCUGGUCAGCGCCAUCAUCAUCUUCUUCAAGCCUGAGUAUAAGAUAGCGGACCCUAUCUGUACGUUCCUGUUCUCCAUGUUUGUCCUGGGAACCACCGUCACCAUUCUGAGAGACAUCCUGCUUGUCCUCAUGGAAGGUACCCCAGCUGGAGUGAAGCACGGUGAGGUGAGGGACCGGCUGCUGGCAGUGAAGGGGGUGAAGUCUGUCCAUAGCCUCCAUAUCUGGGCCCUGACUAUGAACCAGACGGUGCUGUCAGCACACGUGGCUAUAGAUGACAUAGUGGAUGCCCAGCCAGUCCUAAGGGAGAUGACCCAAACCUGCUUCUCCAACUACAACUUUCAUUCAGUCACCUUACAGCUGGAACAGCAGGCCGACCAGAAGCCUGGGUGUAGUCUGUGUGAGGACCCCAACAUGUAGACACCUGUUUAAGCCCAUGGGAAAGGCCAGGAGGCUAAGUUAAGCUACCUAACCAGGAUUUAGUUGUAGCCUGGACACAGUCUUUUGGCCAGUGCUUGACUUGACCAGGAACAUAUUGGAACUGAUUUCUCGCACCUCACAUUUGUACAGCUAGAGUUCCUGCAUCUUUUAUAGAAUGUGGCCUUAAAAUAUUGCGGCGGCGUUCCGGCACCUUAGUAUAAACAGCACUCCAAAUAGAAUAGAACACAACUUUUUUUGAUUAUAUGUUACAGCCAAACAACUUGCAGUGCAGUGUCUCUCUGGAUGAGUACCGGCAUAUAUUUAAGUCCACUUCAAGCUCUGCUUUUGGCUGAUCAAUCAUGGAUAUUGGACCAGAGCUCUAUUUUCAGCUGGCGCUAAGGAGGCGCUAGUGUCAUACGCACGUUAGUUUGCAAUUUCGCCAUGUAAAAACUGGCGGACUGGCAUUUUCCCGCCCUAACGCCAGGUUUGGCAAUUUACCUGUCUAACAUCAGCAUGCUUACACUCAGAUGGGAGGAGUGAAAAUAUUUUAGGCGUGCCCUUAAAAACAUGACCCAAAGUACUAAUUUCAGGCGGCACUGGUAGGGAUAUUUAAGACCAAUCAAAAGCUGGUUUUAAUGGUAACGCAGUUGGUUACGGUAUGAAUUUUGACAGCUGAAACACAGCCUUAAAAGCCGUGACACACACUGCCCACAUGAACAUGGAACAAGAUGUGAUUUGGCACCUGUAUACUUUGGUAUUUAGAAACAUAAAACAUUCAUGUUUUUUCCCCAUUUCAUUUUAUUUGAUUAAAAACCAAGCAUAGCCUCCCCUCUCAAUGAAGGCUGUUUUCUUUUUGUCCUGCCCAACGUAAUCAAGUAGGCUAGACAAGACCGUUGAUAAAGGGUUUGGCUCGUGAGACCGCUUGGAAAUAAAUCCUAAUCACCCAAGCUUUAUUAAAAUACUGUAUCAAGUCUGAGAGGAGUAAAACAGUGAGCUGACGUUCCCUUUUUAUCUAUGCAUUGUAGGCAGGCCUACGUUAUUUUAGCCAUGCUUUGGACGUGCGUAAGACUCCCUCCAUGAUAUAGGUUCCAUGUCUCCGUGCCCAUCGUGAAAGGAGAGAUGAGAUCCUCGGUGAAUACCGGUGAACCUCGUAUUUAGUUAUUUUCAUGUAACAAUUGCUUGUUUUCCAUUUCAUUUUUUUUUUUAAAUCCAAGCCCUCCACAGACUACCUUUACCCUAGGACUACUAUAGCGAAGGCUGGUUCAACAGCAAUUCGUUGUUGUUCUUUUAUGAUGGUGAUUUUAUGAUACAUUACAUUUGACAUUUUA